UUUUUGCUUAAAACCUGCAGUUAUUGAUUUUUUCCAGUUCGUCUGUAUUUCGUUAAAGAUUUCAGACGUGAAGCUUGAUUCUAAUUUCAUCGAUGGAAAAUCAACAACUUUUUCUCCAUUCAACGAUUAUUCGUUCAAAAAUAUUGAAUAAGUUCUUAUUAUAUCAUCUCAUUGUUCUCGCCACAUUAUUCUUUAUCUUUUUUGACAAAUCGGCUUUCGCUAUUGACAAGAAUUCGUCCACACCAAAUGAUAAAUUAAUGCUCAAAAAAUUCUCAUUAUUGGAUGAAAAUACUUUUAUUGAAGAAUCUCUUUUCCCCGAAAACGAUUUUCUUUGUGGUUCAAUUGUCAAUCUUACAACUAAAUACGGUUUCAUCAAAAACCCACACUAUCCUAACGGUUAUGAAGUUCCAAUCGUUUGUCAAUGGAAGAUCAUUGGAACAUCUCCUGAUGAAAUCAUAACAAUCAGCAUUGACGAGCUUGACAUAGAAAAUCCAAAUGAACACUCGAAGUAUUGUCUAAACUCUAUCGAUUCAAAACGAUGCUGCACAGAAAAUUAUCUUCGAAUUAAAUCGUUGAAUAAGGAUCGAUAUUUUUGCGGUAAAUCCAUUCACAGUGCAUCUAAUGUCUAUAUUUCCGAAAACAAUAUUGUCUCUGUCACAUUCAAUGCAACCACAAAUAGAAAUAAUGCUGUUGGAUUUUAUUUCUCAUAUUUUAUAACGCCUAAAUCGACUACACAAUGUUAUGGAAAUGAAUUUCAUUGCCUUAAUGACAAAUGUAUUCCGAAAAAAUGGAAGUGUAAUAGCAAGGACGAAUGUGGUGAUGGAUCCGAUGAAAUGUCUUGUGACUUAACCUCAGAAUUCAUUAAAUGUGGCACUGAUGAUUCAAUGGGCUAUUAUCACAUCUCUAAAAGAUGUGAUCAUAAGAUUGACUGCGAGAACAGUUCAGAUGAAUUAAAUUGUACAUACUGUGAUUCGAAUCAGUUUCGAUGCCUUUCACCUCAAUCAUCGAACAAAUGCAUUAAUCUUACAUUGUUAUGUAAUGGUAUUCCCGAUUGUCAAGAUUUUUCCGAUGAAACGAAAUGUAAUCAUUGUCCCGAUAAGAAAAUAAGAUGUGGUUCAAUGAGUCAUUGUUAUGAGCCGAAACUUCAUCGAUGUAAUCGAAUCCUUGAUUGUCCAAACGGUGCCGAUGAAUUGAACUGUUUUGAUCAUUGUAAAGGUAAAAUUAUGUGUGCUUCUGGUGAUGGAUGUUAUGAUCUAGACGAACGUUGUAAUGGCAUUGUACAGUGCGCUGAUUAUUCAGAUGAAAAAAAUUGUACAUUAGAAUUAUGUCGACCAGAUAAAGGUAGUUUCCUAUGUACAAACGGCCGAUGCAUACCUUCAAUUUGGACGUGUGAUCGUUCAGCCGAUUGUUAUGAUGGAAGUGACGAGAUGCGAUGUUUAAAGAAUAGUGUCAUUACUGCUGCUAUAAUUGGAUCUCUUAUUUGUGGCCUAUUGAUUGUGAUUGCUAUCAGCUGCGGCUGUAAAUUAAUCGCCCUUAGACAUUUGGAACAAUAUCGUACAACUAUGGCUAGUAAUGUAUCGAAUCGUGUUUCUUUUAGAAAUAUGGAUUUUCCAUUUCCAUCUUCCGGUGAUCUGGAUGCCUCAUUAUUUCGAUUAGAACAUUCAGUUUUAUUUCGUGAACCACCGCCCAGCUAUGCAUCCACUAUGGGCGGAUAUCAUGAUGUAAAUGGAAUAAGUAAUUCUUAUAUGGAUCAAUAUCGAAGAUAUAGACGUCAACGGCGUUGUCGUCGAAUGUUACGAAGGCAACAUCGUAAUACUCAACAACAACCACCACCGGUAGUCCCAAUUAACACCCCUUCGAAUGUGGUCAUCAAUACAAGCCAUUCCAAUGAUCAUCUAAAUGAUCAAUCAAUUAAUUCUCCAACAAGUGAGACAACAAUUGACAUUAAUUCGGUUGUUCUCACAGAAAACACUAAUACAGCUCAUCAAGAUUAUUUUAGGCAGAUAGAUAAUCCAAACAACAAGAAAAAGGAGGCACUAUCAAAUGAUGAAGAAAUAGUUGCUUCGAAUAUUGAUGUUGAUCACGGCCAUAUCUCAUCGGUUGUAGUCGAUUCCGUUAAUAUUCAACAAUUCAGUAACAACAGUGGCAAUCAAGACAAUCUCAAUAUUGAGCUCGAACCUAUUCCACAUAUAAACAAUUUCGACUGUGAUUCUCAACCACUCAUCAAUAGAUGAAUUAAUGAUGAUUACUCAUAUUUUUAUUCUUAAUUAUCUAUUGUCACAAAUUU